CAGCUUUCCAUCCUCCGAGAUGAGUGUCUCGUUUAUGGAGUUGGGCUCGGCCGACUCGGCAGAAGCGGCGGCGAACAAGGUGGCACACCACGUCGAGCAGAUGAUGGAGACAUCGGAUUUCUUCGAUCGCCUCACACAACACGGCACGACGCCCGUCUCCGGUCUCGGCGAGAAGUUUUAUGUGAAGGGAGCGCCGGAGUUUGUGAGCACACGGCGAAUCCCAAUACCCGGAGAGCUUCAAAUGCAAAUGAGCAAUAUUCACAGCGAGUUUAGCAUGGGAUUCUUCACACAAAUCAGCCGAGUUUGGGUCGUCAUUGAUAACAAUCUCUAUAUGUGGAAUUACGAGACAAACGACGAUUUGGCGUUUUUCGACUCAUCAGACGCUGCAAUUCUGAAGGUGUCGCUGGUGAACAUCAAGCCAGGCGUUUUUGAGCCGGAAAUUCAAUAUGGGCUCGUUGUCGGCACAAUUUCCGAUAUAUGUCUUUAUCCGGUCUUUGAUUUCGUGGAAAAUGGCGCCAGUAGCAUUUCUAUCGACUCAAAACGAUGCUUCAAGAUAGCCCUUGACGGAGCAACAGUGAAUGAUAUUUCGUAUACUUCAAAUGGUCGAGUAUUCUAUACAGCCGACGAUCAACUCUUCGAAUUCGUCUACGAGAAACAAAACGGAUGGUUUGGCUCCACAAAUCACAAGUGUCGAGGUGUAAAUCAAACUGCAUCAAUUCUCGGAACACUGAUCUCUCUACCAUUCUUCGGCUCUUCAAAAGAGCCCCUCGAUCAGAUUACAAUCGAUAAAUCCCGAAAUAUCAUGUAUUUGCUCGGCCGAGCCGGCACCGUCAGUGUCUGGGAUCUCGGAGCGGAUGGAGCAGCUUGUGCCAAAUUUUUGAGUGUUCCCAUCUCGAAAAUUGCACAUGAAGCUCAUAUUCUGACGCAAUUCGGUCACGAUGAGACAUCUUUUCACAGUAUUACAUCGAUUAAGGCGUUGGAAGCUUCACAAUCGGCUGCGCUUAACCUAGUUGCAACUACUGCCAAAGGAGUUCGAUUGUACUUUUCAGUGUCGACGGGCCCGCAGUCUACGAUGGCUAUGUUUAAUAAUAGUGGAACACCUAAUGAAAGAAAUCGACCUCAAACAUCAGUACGUCCACAAUGUCUACGUGUUGCUCAUGUUCGAUUUGCUCCGGGCGUCACACCGGCGAGUAUCUAUGGAGAUGGUCCAAAUGGUGUAUCAGUUGUCUACGCUGAUGAAUCAAUUUGCGCCAUGGCCACCGCCAACCGGAACACGAUCUUUGCAUUUUCCAACUUUUUCUACCCAUCUUCUCAGUUUUUCGUCGAAUCCACCACCGAAUGUGAUAUUAGUGGACACGUUUGGGAGAUUGAAACGGUUUCCAGAUGUAAAGUGAAGUCACGUCCACCGCCACGACACUUGGUUGAUCGAGUACAUCCACACUCGUAUUUUAGGUCACAAUUGGAAUCAGGAAACCAAAAGCUUUUGGUGUGCUCCAACGAAGGAGUCUUUGAAUUCACCCAUGUCAACGCUGUGGAUGCUCUUCGCGAAGCUCUAUUCGACGGUGGUGUCGAGGGAAAUGCCACGUUGCAGCUGUGGCAGAAGCUCGGCUCAACAGAAAUGCUCUGUCUGGCGUUUCGAAUUUUGACUUCAGACGCGCCGAUCGACGAACGAAUCCGUGGAAAAGCCGAACAAAUUCUGUAUAGUCUGAAAGAAGCGCCGGAAAUUGUUGAAAAUGAGCAGCAACGAAUGCUCGAUCAAUCGACGACGACGUCAUGGUCACCAAAUGAUAGUAGUAUGGCUGAAUGGAGGCAUCGAAUGAAGACACCGUUACUCUCAUCGACUCCGAGAACUGAUGGAAGAAAUGGAAAUGCUGGAGGAGCUCCGCCGCAGGCUCAUUUUAGUUCUCCGUUUUCUCCGAUGUUGGACAUGUCAAUGGCAUCAGGGCAUCACAACGGAAACAUGAGAAUGUCACCAUCACGACGUCACGAUGCUCUUUUCUAUUAUUUCUCACGUCUAGUUGCUCCAGUUUGGAAUGAUACAAUCUGUGAAGUGCUCAACGGAAAACAGUUAACAAUUACAUUUGAGCCCGAAUCGAUUCAAUCACUGAAAGAAGAGAUACAGAAGCUUGCAAGACUUAUGGAUGACUAUCGUCUUGUACCGAUGAUGGAAUUCAAUGGAUAUUCAUCGAAUAUGACUGAUCGUCUCAAUCAUGAGGCUACAUCAUUGGAACGACACUCACUUAUAGGCCUCCGAAAGCUAAUCGACGCCACACUGGAGACCCUUUCGCUAUGGCUUCUGGCCUACGAGUACAAUCUGACUGCAAUCUCAUCUGGAAUGAAUCCCCAGCUUCUGCCGAACUUUAGCUCCCGAAAACUGGCUCAUUUGGUGUCAGAUGGAUCGAAUCUCAACGCUGAGCUGAUUCGCGCAAUGAUCAAGUAUUUCCUGGGAGAUGAGGCGGGUACGAAGAUCCUUUCGGAGAGCCUUCGACAGCUGUGCCCAAACUUGUACUCUGAAGAUGAUGCCUGUGUGACAUUUGCCAUGGAGCAACUAGAAGCCGCCAGGAAGCAAGGACCGGGAGCAGCACGUCGGAGAUUGGUGCAGAGUGCUGUGGAGAUGUUCAAACAGUCGAUUGGAAAAGUGGUUUUGGCUUCAACGUGCCAACAACUCGCUGAAAGCGUCGAGGAUUAUGAGCCAAUUGUGGAGCUUUGCCUCUUGAGAGCUGCUAAAGAUGAUCCGAAGCAGUUGGCACUGUUGGCGUACAAACAUGGAAGAAGUGGAUCGGAUGCGGAAAUGUUGGGUGCUGAGAAGAAGCGCGAGGAUUGUUAUAGAGUAAUAACCGAUGUAUUGGACAAAUUAGAAGACGAAGCGACAUCAGAAGUGCCACGUGACACUGCAGUCAACCGAGAUCUUAUGAUCAAUGCAGUACUCAAUUCAGACGAUCAACUCGCCCACGCAGCCGUCUUCCGAUGGUUGCUGACGAAGAACAAGACGAAUGUGAUUCUACAGAGCAAAUCUCCGUUUAUCGAGUUCUUCCUGGUACAGGAGAUCAACGCUGGCCGCGGGCAAAAAUAUUUCGAUCUGUUGUGGAGGUUCUAUGAGAAGAGCGGAAAUUAUGAUAAAGCCGCAAGGCUUUUGAGCAAAUUGGCUGAAAAUGAUAACUGGAAAAUGGGUUUGACCCAACGAUGCGCCUACCUCUCCCACGCAAUUCUAUGUGCUCAAUCUUGUAAGGAUUCAACUGUAACUACAAAUAUUGAUGAGCUCCGUGAUCGGCUCGACGUGGCAAAUGUUCAAAUGAGAAUUAAAGAUGCUCUCGGCUGCUCGGCGUCGGCGUCGGCUCGAAAUCAGGAAUUCGUCAGAAAACUCGAUGGGCCGAUUCUUUCACUGCAAGAGUUGCUUCUUCAAUACGUUGUACCAUUUAAGCUGCACAAAAUCAAGCUCUCACUGCUCCAUUGUGCUGGAAUGUAUGUGGAAAAGCAUAUAUUCGAAACGUGGGAGGAUAUCAUCCAAGAUGAGUUCACAACAGCUCAAGACGAAGGAACCCUGUGUGAGCAACUUUCAAAUACAAUUGGAGAGCUCUUCUCAGUCUACAGAGACACUAAAUACUUUCCACGAGAAUUUGUGAUUCGUCGAAUUCUCGAAAUUGGUUCAGGCGGUGUUAUCGGUGAAAGUGUUCAACAACAACGACACAUCCUUCCGCCAUCAUUCUAUCCGCUUUUGUGCAAAAAAAUCAAUUUAAGCAAUUGCGAGUUCCUACGCACAGCGUCGGACGAGUUUCGAGCCGGUGGUGAUGCCUGGUGGACUCAUAAUUCUCGGGGACAGGAAUAUAUCACGAAAGUUGUGCUCAAAAUGGCGAGAACUGUCGUCAGAGAGCUCGAAAAUAUGCCUACGGCUCAUAGCAGAAGAUCAACCGCUCGUGACUGUCUCACACACAUUCUACCAUUCAUCCGUCGAUCGUGUGACGUCUCGGCUUCUCUUUCACUUCAAAACCUUGGCACCGAGCUCACAGCUCUUCAGAAUCGGCUCUCCGAGUUUUCCAACUAACGCUCACGUUGUUUUCUUUUUUUUUUGCCAUCUUUAUUAUCAUUAUUUCUUCUUGUUUUAACCUAAUUUAUCUCUUCAUUUUUAUAAUUAUUUUAUUUGUUUUUUUUUUCAAUUUUUCCCCCUCUUUUCUUUUCCACAAUUGAUCAUCAUCAUUCCCUCUUUUCCUGUUCACACCUCCCUUGUUGUUGAAUAUGCUGUUAAAAUCUGACCACCACACACAAACCGCCCAUACUUUUUUUAAAAUCAAUUAUCAUCAUAUCUUUCUCUAAAAAUUCAAUUAUUUCUUUCUAAAAACCCAAUUUUUUUGUGUUCUCCAAAUUCCGAAGGCUCCGAGCUCCGAUUAUUUUGUGUAUUCACCAUCCAUGGCCUCCAAAUGAACCCCAUUUUUAUCGU